GUGAAUGAAUGCUCGAAUGUUCACACAGAAAUGGUCCCAUCAGCGAGUCACGGCAGAUCAAUCAGCUGCAUGCAUCGAGUGUCACAGACUGGCUGAGCAGCAGCUGCUCUGGCAGCUGGCAAGGCAACUCUGUCUCUCUGAAACAGAUGUGCUCCACCGGGUAGGGUAGGGUAGGCUACACCGACCCCCCAGCACCUGCAAACAUCAGUGCAGCAUACCACACAGGAAAUGAUGCCGCCGCCUCUCCCUUCCCCAAGCGCCCCCCCUCACCCAGCGAACGAGGCAAUCCGAGGACUGCCUGCUCUAGCUCAUGUGUUGCCAGCAGAGGUCGGGCGGCCGCCACAGCAGCUGGGAAGCGCUCGAUGUCCGUGUUGCCCUUAAUCGGGGCCUCGGUCGUGUAGAGGUGGAUGUUGCCACUGCCAAUCCGCAUCCAAGCUUCGAUGGUGUCGGUCGCUGCGGUGCCCUUGAAGAUGAUGAGUCGCUCGCGGCCGUCAUCUCCCUGGCCUGGCGGCUCACCCAUAUAGUCGACGGUCUUGUAGCCCUCGAUGGGCUCCGUCAGCAGGGACAGAUAGCGAGUGUCGUCAAGGCCGACACGAGCACCCGUCACACGCUUCUGCUCAACGCCCUCUUGACGACACCAGUACAUCAGGACCAUCCGCUCGAUGAAUGCCGUGAAGGAUGGGAAGAAAAAGUCCCUCCUCCGAAUGGGCGGGUCGACGGCACUGUAUGCGCUGCGGUAGGGGUAGGCGGGGGGCAGAUCGGUGAGGGGGAGCGUCGUGAAUUCGACAUCGCCGAUUCUGUAGCGCUGUCUCGUCACACCACCACCGCCAUCGCCCUGCUGCCCUCUGUCCUCAUCUUCAUCACUGCUUGCCCCCUCCAUGUCCUCAUCGUCGCCAUCACUGUCGCUGUCCUGAUCGCCGUCAUCUCCCUCCACCCGCCGCAGCUCUAAGGUGGUCCCUUGGUGAUGGAGCAAGUGGCCGAAUGUGUUGUAGAUGGCCAGGGCGAGAGGCAGCUCAUCGAAGGCCGCCUUGGUGGCCAGAUGGUCGGCCAUCCACUGAGGCGACAGCAUCAGAGGCAGGGGCAGUGCCUUGAUGAGCUUGUAGAUGGCCGCCACACGAAUGAAUUCGGCCAUCUCCCGCCACACAUGACCUCCUUGCUCGAGCACAUAGGCGCACUUGCUGAAGUACUGGAAUGUCGGCCGAUAGACGUCGAUGAGGCCGCUGAGGUGAUUGCUGUCGAGCGAGCAGUCGACGCGCUUGAGCAUGAAGGCCUCGUUGAUGAGUUGUGUGCCGUAGUGGGUGUUGGUUGCACGCGCCGGGCUAAUGGCCACGUCGACAGGGAGGUAGCCCACCACACCGUCACAGAACACAUCGGACGGCAGCCGGUUGGCCGUCACGUCCACGGCAGUGUCUGGUUGGCAGGGGGGAGGGGGCGGGGCGGCAGAGAUGUGGUGGGUGAUGGUGGCCACGGCAGCGGAGAGGGUCGACACGCUCGACUUGACAGAUGACCACUCAUGGGCAAUGACGGACGCCUGAAGCCAUCACACAGACGACAGAUAAGGCGGAAUGUGUUGAGCCGCCCCCCUCACUGUGUCUGUGUGACUCACCUGGUCGUCGGUAAUGGACGGCAUUAUCAGCGGGUCGACGGCCGACACCUCAGUGGCCAUCUGACACACACACAGAGCAGACACACCACGGCUGCAUCCCCCAGUGGGUCGAUGUCUGUGUGUCACCCACCUGCUGAAUGAGUGAGUGAAUGGCCGCCAGCCGACCACAGACAUCACCCGACCCCACACACACAGGGGGGGACGCCUGCACACACAGUGAGGCACUCUCAGUGAGACUCAGCCAUUCCCACGGUGAUGUGUGGUGCCGCACUGCCUCCCUCACCGAUGCUGCUUGACUGUGCCCCUCCUGCCGCUGGUGGUGGUGAGCGGCUGUGCCAUUCAUCGCACCGACGCCUGUCCACCAAACACAUACACGAUGGUCCGUUGCACCUCUGUCUGUCUGUCUGUCAGUCAGUCUGUCUGUCUGUCUGUCUGUCUGUCUGUCAGUCAGCCAGCCGUGUGUGUGAGAUCUCACCAGCAUCCCCAGCGGCACGGCCGUCGACACGUUGGCGUUUCGCGUCACCGCCAACACAAUCAGCAGACGAAGACCUGUCUGAUGGGCACAGGCCUGUCACACAUAUGAAAAUGGGCAGCUGGUGAUUGCAUGACAGUGAUGAUCCUCCCAUCUUGUGCACAUUCAUCAUUGCCGCCUCACCUCCUUGCGAUACGAUGCAAAUCCGACGCAAAGCAGCUGCUCAGGCACAGAGCUCGACACUCUGAGGAAGACGCACACGACACACAUCCAGCACACUCCCAGACUGAGAGGGCGCCUUGUGUUGAUGCUCACCUUUUGGCUCGGUCAACCGAGGCUCUCGCAGAUUCACCAAGAAUCACCAAGCAACCGACACUCGGCUUUCGUCAUUGCUGAUUUGCAGAUCGAAAGCAUCCCGCAGCCUGCCAUACAAUACCACCGGACGACGGCUGGCACCGGACCACUUCUUUUUC